AUGAGUGCCCCUCGCCUUGCAGCGCGCCUCGUGCGCCCCGCCCUUCGCUUCAACCUUGCCCGCCGCUACAUGCACACACCUGGCUCCAAUGCUGGGGGGCUACACUUGCACCCUACCCGGGUUCCUCAUCCAACUAAGUACGGAAGAAGGAGAGGAUGGCCAUGGGGAGCGUAUGCAGUGCACAAUCUGCCCGCGGUGCGCAAUGCAAGCUUCACUCGUGUGCUGCCGCAACUGGCAUUAAAGCUCGUGAGGAUACCGGCGAUGUUUGGGGCUGCUAUGAUUGGGGGGCUGGCUUAUUUGCAGUAUCAAGCUACGCAAGCUGGGAACUACGCAAUGGACGUUUUGGGUAAGAGUAAAGAGUGGGCAACGGGAACGGCGGAGGGUCUCUUUGGGGGAGCAAAAGACGUGGCGGAACAGACUAGGAAUGGAUGGGAGAGGACGAAGGAUCAGAUUCAGUUACCUGAGUGGAUGAGGCAGAUAUACGAGGGUAGAGAGGGUUCAUCUUCAUCUGGAGGUGGACCUAAUGGCGGAGGACCACCACCGAAUGAGAGCAGAGCUGCAGCCGCGGCUGUUGCAGGGACAGGUGCUGCGUUCGGCUAUACACAAAGUCCAGAAGAAGAUGAGAGGACGGGAGAGCAAUCUGCCAGGGACGACCAGAUGAUGAUGUUGACGAAGAAGAUGAUUGAAAUUCGAAACAUAUUGCAGGCCGUUGGACAGCAGAGCGCGCUUAUCCUGCCGUCGAUUGUGGUCAUCGGUUCUCAAUCGUCUGGCAAAAGUUCCGUUCUUGAGGCAGUUGUGGGCCAUGAAUUCUUGCCCAAGGGGUCGAACAUGAUUACCAGGAGACCCAUUGAGCUUACCUUGGUCAACACGCCAGAUGCACAAGCUGAGUACGGAGAGUUUCCGGCACUAGGGUUGGGGAAGAUUACGGAUUUCUCGAGUAUUCAGAGGACGUUGACAGAACUGAACCUUGCUGUGCCGGCUGCUGACUGUGUGUCUGACGAUCCGAUUCAGCUUUCGAUAUACUCGCCCAACGUUCCGGAUCUUUCUCUCAUCGAUCUGCCAGGUUACAUUCAGGUUUCUGGACUGGACCAGCCACCCGAGCUCAAACAGAAGAUUGCUGAUCUUUGCGACAAGUACAUCCAGCCUCCUAACGUCAUCCUCGCUAUAUCAGCCGCAGACGUCGAUCUUGCUAAUUCAACUGCUCUCCGUGCCAGUAGAAGGGUAGACCCUCGAGGCGAGAGGACGAUUGGUGUGGUUACAAAAAUGGAUCUGGUAGAGGCUGCGAGAGGAGCCAGUAUCUUGGGCGACCGCAAGUACCCUUUACGACUUGGCUACGUGGGUGUCGUCAGUCGAGUACCACCAACGUCAGGGCUGUUCUCGAGAGGAAGUGGCAAUAUCACCACCGCAAUAACCAAGAACGAGAAUGCCUACUUCUCCGCGCACCCUCUCGAAUUCGGCCCAGAGUCUGAGCUGGCGGUGGGCACUACGACUCUAAGGAAAAAGCUCAUGCAUGUUCUUGAGCAAACGAUGGCUGCUAGCCUGCAAGGCACAAGUGACGCCAUACAUCAAGAGCUUGAGGAAGCGACCUACGAGUUCAAGGUCCAGUAUAACGACCGGCCGCUGAGCGCGGAGUCGUAUCUCGCAGAGAGUCUGGACGCGUUCAAGCAUUCAUUUAAAGAAUUCGCCGAGUCCUUCGGCCGACCGCAAGUUCGAGAAUUACUCAAAGAAGAGUUGAACCAGCGGGUGCUGGAUGUGCUCGCCCAGCGAUACUGGAAUAAGCCUAUCACUGACCUGACUCCUGCGUUGAUCGAGCCAGAUCCUCUCGACAAUUUGCCAAGGGCAGAUCCAGAAAAUUUGUACUGGCGCCGAAAGCUCGACGCCUCAUCCUCCUCCCUCACCAAGCUCGGCAUCGGCAGGCUGGCCACCACCAACGUUGCCAACGCCCUUCAAUCCGAAGUCGAGCAACUCAUUAAUGCAUCCACGUUCUCCACUCAUCCAUUCGCCCGUCAAGCCAUCACAGAUGCAGUUUCAGGAAUUCUAGAUGAGAGAUUCUACAGCACCAGUGACCAGGUCGAAAAUUGUAUCAAGCCGUACAAGUAUGAAAUUGAAGUCGACGACUCCGAGUGGGCGAAAGGACGCCAGAACGUCUCUGACGUACUCAAGAAAGAGCUCAAAGCAUGCGAAGCAGCCGAGAAAUCUGUUGAGACCUCUAUUGGCGGCAAGAAAAAGAUGAAAGACGUGAUGGGAUACAUCGACCGAGUACGAAAAGGCGAAGUAGUGCUUGAGGGUGACGGUAUCGGCGGUGGUGGAGGAUUUAGUGCUGCUCUGCUUGUGAAAGGUCGGGAAGCAGUUUUCCUUCGCGAUCGAGCGUCCAUCCUCUCCAUGCGCCUCGUCGCCAUCCGCUCCAAACAAUGCACCACCAAAAGCAACAAAUACUAUUGUCCCGAGAUUUUCCUUGACGUCGUCGCUGACAAACUCACCGCUACCGCCGUACUCUUUCUCAACGUCGAACUCUUAUCCGAAUUCUAUUACAACUUCCCACGCGAAUUGGACCUGAAACUGGGCAGGGGGCUGUCCGGAGACGAAGUGAAGCGGUUUGCGAGAGAAGAUGGGAGGAUCGCGAGGCAUUUGGAUGUGGUGAAGAGGAAAGAAAUGUUGGAGCUGGUACUGGGGAAAAUGGAGAGUUUGAGGAUGCUGGAGGGGAGGGAGGGUAGGAGGGAGGAGGUAAAAAAGGGGAAGGGGACUAAGGAGAGAGAGAAGGGCUGGAGGCUGUUUUGA